AUGGCAGCCCUCGAAUCCCUCUCGCAGUCAGCUGACGCCCUCGACGACCUGGCCGCCAAGCUGAGCACCCGAGCCCGCGAGCUCCGGGUGUCGGUCAAAGCCGGCGACGAAGCAGCGGCGCGCGCACGGCGGUACGAGGCGCUGGACGCCGCGCAGGAGAUCGUGUCGCUGCUCAAGGACCCUUCGGAGCAGUGGGCCGACACGCUGCAGAACGCGUCGCUGACGGCCGUGGUGCGGCUGUUCCAGCUGUGGAAGGUCUUUGACGCCAUGCCUGCAGCGCCGGGGAGCAGCAUCUCGUACGAGGAGCUGGCUGGCCAGACUGGGGUGCAAACGCAACUGCUGCGCAGACUGGCAUGGAUGUUGGUGUCUGUAGGGCUGCUCAAGCAGGAGGGCGUCGAUCGCAUCUCCCACACCCCCAGGUCGCUGAACUACCUGGAGGGCACACACGGAUCAGACUUUCACAAGACGCUGUACAGCGUGGCGGUCAAGGCCUUCGCCUCGCUGCCCGAGUACUUUACCGAGUACGGGCCGCGCGAGCCGCAGGAGCAGAACCACAUCCCGGCCACGUUCGCCGUGGGGAUGCCGGAGCUGACCUUUUGGGACCACCUGGAGCGGCACCCGGAGAUGAUCGCGGCCUUUAUGCACAGCAUCGCGCCCGCGGCGGCCAGGAUGCCCAUCACAGGCGUCUACGACUUUGGCUGGGUGGCCGAGGAGGCCGAGAGGGACGCGGGAGGGGACCGCGUGCUGAUCAACGACGUCGGCGGCGGCACCGGCCACUGCGUCGUCGCCAUCCAGGCUGAGAACCCGGCCAUCCCAAAGGAGAGGUUCAUGCUGCAGGACCAGCACCACAUCAUUGAUCAGCUGAAGAGGGAGGCUCCCGAGUCUCUCAGGGGGGUCAAAUUGGCCGGUUUAGACUUUAACAAGGAGUCGCCUGAAAAAGGGGCGCUAAUCUACUAUCUUCGACGCGUCCUGCACGACUACUCGGACAAGCUGGCGGUGAACAUACUGAGGAACACGGCGGCGGCCAUGGCACCCGACAGCAGGAUCCUCAUCGCCGAGGACGUGGCGACGAACCCGCCACACCCGCUCACGGCCAUGAUGGACAUGCUGAUGCUGACGUGCGGCGGCAAGGAGCGGACCAUGGAGGACUUUGAGGCCGUCGUCAAGGAGGCAGGGUUGAGGGUCAGCAGCGUCUCGAGGAGUGCAGACUCGCCCAUGGCCAUCAUAGAGUGUGUCAAGGCUUGA